AAUCUUCUCAAUGUUCAUUCCUUUAAACCAGAGCCAUGUGGUGGUCACAUGGCAGCAUUGUAUAAUGAUAAAAUUUUUUUUGUUGGAGGUUCACGACCUAUACCUACGACCUCAACCGCAUGGAAUAAAACUCAUCAAUUCAAUCUAUCAGACGAAAUGUUCUAUUUAAAUCUUUCAUCAUCAUUUACUGUUAAUUUACCUCUGUUCAUGGAUCUUUCUGCAACUUCACAAUGCAGCAAGAUAGGUGUUGUUUAUAAUCGUAAGGUUAAUGGCAUAAAAGACGUUGCGUAG